CUGGUUUCUGGAACUUCUUUUGGAGCUUUCAAAAGUUGACGGUCGCAAUCUCACUGGGAGAAUAAACCAACAUAAGGUUUUAAAAGGCCAUGGUAGCUUUGGGAAAAUUUAUCAAGGAGUUUACGAAGGGGAAACUGUGUGUGUUAAGGUCCUGAAGGAAAUUCGGACUUCUGCGAGCGAGGGGGUCAUCACAAAAUUCUGUCGAAGGAUGAUGCGUGAAGUCAAAGUUUGGACGGCGUUACAACACUCAAAUGUUGUCACGUUUCACGGAUGGGCAGUUGAAUGCUCUACGGAAACUGACGAAACAUGUGCCAAACUUGUUUCCACCUGGUGUGAGGGAGGAAAUGUAACAGAGUACCUGAAGCAUACUCCAAAUGCUGACCGUCGUCGAUUGGUUCUUGAUGCGGCCCAGGGCCUCCAAUAUCUUCAUGCCAAGAAUGUGAUUCAUGGUGAUGUUAAGCCGGAAAACAUUGUUGUCAAUGGAAAAGGAAUCGCCAUGCUCUGUGACUUUGGGCUGUCCUGUAUUCUUCUUGAUCUCUCCACAUAUGCGGAUGGAUCAAGCACUGCUGGCACUGCAAGAUAUACUGCUCCGGAGGUGCUGAAUGGUGAGGUGCAGUAUCGUGAUGGCAAAAGUGAUGUUUGGGCUCUUGGCUGUACAUCUGGACAGAUACUUUUUGAUCUGAAACCAUAUCAUGAACUGGAGACUUACCCAGCAAUCCUACGUGCAAUAAUGGCUGGACAUGCUCCAUUUGAGUGGAACAAUCCUGAUGACUUUCUCACCAAUAUCAAUAGGUGCCUUAAACAGAACCCCAGUGAACGUCCAACCAUUGAAGAACUGGUUCUACAUUUUAAUUAUGAUUGAUAUGCUCUUAUUGGAUACUGUGGUCACUGUUGGGUCUUCUUCUUGAUGUUGCUCACCUAACUUCUAUGCAUGUGCACCAUGUAGCCUGGUCAAGGCAGAGGCCGAAAUUUCAAAUUGAUAGAAGCACACAAAUGUAUUAAUGUGGUCAAAAAUGAAGAGAGGCAAG